UAAAUAUUUUGCAUCAGUGUUGGUAUUCGACGUAUUCUCAACGAACGGUGGCGAACCCGGCAUUUGGCAGGUCACUGACUGAAUUCGUUGUCACUGAUUUAUCGAGAGUUAGAGAAUUCGUCAAAUUCUGUUUGAAUAUGUCGACGAUGAGACAUGCUUUUGGAUCAGGGGCCUUGAACGUGUAUAGAUACACCAGGAAUGUCAUUGCAAGAAAUAAGCAUACCCUGCCCGAGCUGCCCUACGACUAUAGAGCAUUGGAGCCGAUAAUCUCUGCCAAAAUUAUGGAGCUCCAUCAUAGCAAACAUCAUGCUACCUAUGUUAAUAAUUUAAAUAUUGCUGAGGAGAAACUCGAAGAAGCUGUGAACAAAUGUGAUGUUGGUGCCCAAAUUACCCUAGCUCCUGCAAUAAAAUUCAAUGGUGGUGGGCAUGUCAAUCAUUCGAUAUUUUGGAACAACUUGUCACCGAACGGUGGACAACCAGAUGGUGCGCUUCUGAAGCAAAUUAAGACGGACUUUUUGAGCUUAGAGGAACUGAAAAAGCGUUUGUCAGAGGCUACUGUAGCUGUACAAGGUUCUGGCUGGGGUUGGCUUGGCUACAACACAAGGGAUAAAAGACUAGAGAUUGCCACAUGUGCGAACCAAGAUCCUCUGCAAGCGACAACUGGUCUCAUUCCACUUUUUGGUAUUGAUGUUUGGGAACAUGCCUAUUAUCUACAGUAUAAAAAUCUCAGGCCAGAAUACGUCAAAGCAAUAUUUGAUAUCGCAAAUUGGAACGACAUAAAUGACCGUUUCAAAAAAGCAGCGGGAGUUUAAAUUAUGCAACCGUGUAAUUUCAUAGUAUCUCCAAGAAACAUAUUCUGAGCGUACAUGAACCCAGGCAACAUAAAUAAUGGUGUUAAAGUAAAUAUUAAAAUCAGGUCUACGGUCGUACUUGUAGACAAACAUUACAUGGCGCUCAAUACAUGUGAGCUUGUAUUACUGAUUCUUUAUACGUAUACGAUAUUAUAUCAAUUCGGAAUCGUG